ACUCCUAGUCCCCUAACCAGUAGUCCCAUGGGCCCUUCACUCCCUAACUCCUAGCCCCCUAACCCCUCACUCCCUAGUCCCCUAGCCCCUCACUCCCUAGUUCCCAACUCCUAGCCCCCUGACCUCUCACUCCUUAGUUCCCUAACUCCUGACCCCUCACUCCCUAGUUUCCUAACUCCUAGCCCCUCACUCCCUAGUUCCCAACUCCUAGCCCCCUGACCUCUCACUCCUUAGUUCCCUAACUCCUGACCCCUCACUCCCUAGUUCCCUAACUCCUAGCCCCUCACUCCCUAGUUCCCUAACUCCUAGCCCCUCACUCCCUAGUUCCCUAACUCCCUAAACAAUAGUCCAGUCCUCCAGGUUUGGCAGGGGUGGAGAGAUGUUCUGACCAUGUCACUGUGAGAAUGAUUGGUGGGUAGGGCUGGGGUUAGAGUUCAGGAACACAACUGAUCUAGGUAGGCAAUCAACUCUGUAAUAAAGCCUUACUCCGUGACAUCAUCAGACUGACAUCGUGUCUAGCCUAGUUAGUCCCAGUUCAGCCUAGUUAGUCCUAGUUAGUCCCAGUUCAGUCCAACUCAGUUUCAUUUCAUUUCAGACUUCUGUUUAAUUCUUGUUCUCAAUGCACCUUUCAGCCCAGGCAAAUGAAGCCUCAUCACCGAGUCAAGAUCUCUCAGACCUGCCGAUGGAGGAGCAGCUACGGCGACUGCAGGAGGAGCGGACCUGUAAGGUGUGUAUGGACAAGGAGGUGAACAUGGUGUUCAUCCCGUGUGGUCACCUGGUGGUCUGUAAGGAGUGCGCUCCCUCCCUGAGGAAAUGUCCCAUCUGCAGAGGACUGGUCAAGGGCACCGUCCGAACCUUCCUCUCCUAGAAGACCUCCAGGAACCAGGGCCCCUCCCAACACUGUCAAACUUCUUUGACCUUGUCUCCUAUCUACUCCUAGAGAAUAGCUACCAACAGUCUAUUCCAAGCGUGUCAAUCUCUGUU